AGACGUUAUUGUUACCAUAUCCCCUUAAAGGCUUAAACCCUACAUUUCAGUAAACCCUCCUCACUCAACUCUGAGCAAGCAAUUGAGCACCCAAACUGAAAACAAACAACAAUGGCGUGGAGAAGUGGAUCAUUCUCAAGGUCUUUCCUCAACGCAACCAGAUCUCCUUCCAUCCGCCCUUCCACCGCCUUCCGCCGCCCUCCUUCGCCGCUUCUCCCUAACCCCGCUCGCAAUUCUCGCCGUCUUUCUUUCACCAACCCUAGGAGCGUUGAAGUGUUGGGAUGCGCGCAAUCGUUGAUGCCGAUGCAUUCGGUGGUGGUCGACACUCGAUUGACAUCUUACAUUGCAGUCGACGCUAGGGCUUUUUGCGAGUUGUCUCAGGGUACCUUCUGUCGCACUUGUCAAGAUCGCUAAUUUUCUCUCUCCUUUCCCCUCUCUCUAUUUCCCUCACACUUAGUACUUAAAUUGCCUAGUUUGGUGAAGGAAAAAAAAAAAAGGAAUUUACUCAGUUGAUGGCAGUUGAAUUGGUGCAUGGAACACUCCAACUUGCAGUAGGCUGCUGGAUUAAAUAUAAGUAGGUUUCAUCUACACUUUCCUAGGAUCUGUUGGGAAGUUUACUUUCAAUAACCUUGUGAAGAUCAAGUUAGAUUUUUCUUGAAUACUUCUAUAAAUAAUCUUUUUAACAUUACUUUAUGUAGGUGAUUCUUUUUUUAUUAAAACUAUUGAAGGGAUUGAUGGUACCCCAUUUAGUCAGUUUUUUGUUGCUUGCUUCCGCUUGCAUUUAUACUUUUUUA